AUGUUAACGUACAGCCUGCUGUCUAGUCUAUUCAUUUCCGUAAACCGAUCCUGUUAUGUUCUACUAAUUGAAUGCAGAGAUCAAAAUGCGACCGGUGAUUUUCAUCCGACCUAUUUAUCUCCCAAAAACACCGCACUACGUCCCCCAGGGACCACGUUUGAAUUUCCGAAUUUGUUCAAGACCAAAAGACCCUCUUCUGUCAUGGAUGUCGUUGGAUCCACAGGAGCUACAGAUGACACAACAUCUAAAUCUUCGACUGACUCGGACACAGUUACCUCCUCGCCUUCAGAAACAAAGCCCCCAAUCAGUCAUAAGAAGCUCCCUAGUUGGUUCAUUCGGUAGUUUUUUU